CAAAGAGGGCUAGGGUUUCUCUCCCGUCGAUUCAUCAAACCCGCCUUCGCCCCGUCGCCUCACUCCUGUGCUCUCUCCUGCGACACGGAUCACGCCGCCCCGUCGCCUCGCGAGCACGUCGCCGGCGCGCAUCCUCACCGGUGCAGAGGCCCACUGCCCCCUCCCCACUCACCGCCCUUGCCGCCGCCAUGGCGAUCACCGCCCAGGUUCCGGACAUCAUGGGCGAGCGCCAGUCCGGCCAGGAUGUCCGCACCCAGAACGUCUCGGCGUGCCAGGCUGUGGCCAACAUCGUCAAGUCGUCGCUCGGCCCAGUCGGACUCGACAAGAUGCUGGUGGAUGAUAUUGGCGAUGUCACGAUCACGAAUGACGGGGCCACCAUUCUGAGGAUGUUGGAGGUCGAGCAUCCCGCGGCGAAGGUUCUCGUGGAAUUGGCUGAGCUCCAAGACCGGGAGGUUGGAGAUGGAACUACCUCUGUCGUCAUCAUCGCGGCAGAGUUGCUGAAGAGAGCCAAUGAACUUGUGAGGAAUAAGAUUCACCCGACCUCUAUUAUUAGUGGCUACAGGCUUGCUAUGCGUGAAGCAUGCAAGUAUGUCGAGGAAAAGCUGUCUAUCAAGGUGGAUAAACUUGGAAAAGACUCUCUUAUAAACUGUGCAAAAACUAGCAUGUCCUCGAAACUGAUUACAACGGAUGAUAAUUUCUUUGCAAAUCUGGUUGUAGAAGCAGUUCAAGCUGUGAAGACUACAAACUCCAAGGGAGAAGUGAAGUAUCCAAUCAAGAGUAUUAAUAUUUUGAAAGCUCAUGGUAAAAGCGCCAAGGAAAGUUACCUGCUGAAUGGUUAUGCGCUGAACACUGGCCGUGCAGCUCAAGGAAUGCCUACCAGAGUAACCCCUGCUAGAAUUGCCUGUCUUGAUUUCAACCUUCAGAAGAUGAAAAUGCAAAUGGGUGUUCAAGUCCUUGUAUCUGAUCCAAGGGAACUGGAGAAGAUCCGUGAGAGAGAAUCUGACAUAACGAAGGAGCGAAUUGAGAAAGUUCUCAAGGCUGGUGCUAAUGUUGUAUUUACCACCAAGGGAAUUGAUGAUAUGUCAUUGAAGUACUUUGUUGAGGCUGGAGCAAUUGCAGUAAGACGUGUGCGUAAGGAGGAUUUGCGCCAUGUUGCCAAGGCAACAGGUGCAACAAUGGUGACUACUUUUGCUGACAUGGAGGGUGAAGAAACAUUUGAUCCAUCAUUCCUUGGACAUGCUGACGAGGUCGUUGAGGAAAGGAUUUCUGAUGAUGAAAUAAUUCUGGUGAAAGGCACAAAGAAUACAAGUGCGGUUUCCAUUAUACUCAGAGGAGCAAAUGACUUCAUGCUAGACGAGAUUGAACGGUCUUUGCACGAUGCACUGUGCAUUGUGAAGAGAACUUUGGAAUCCAAUACGGUAGUUGCUGGUGGUGGUGCUGUAGAAGCUGCAUUAUCUGUGUACCUGGAGAAUCUUGCGACAACUCUUGGAUCCAGGGAACAACUGGCGAUUGCUGAAUUUGCAGAAUCUUUGUUGAUCAUACCAAAGGUCCUCGCUGUUAAUGCCGCAAAAGAUGCAACUGACCUUGUUGCAAAGCUUAGGUCAUAUCAUCAUAAAGCUCAAACAAAUGCUGAUAAGCAGCACUUAUCAAGCAUGGGUCUUGAUCUGACAAAAGGUGUAAUCCGCAACAACCUUGAACAUGGCGUCAUCGAGCCAGCAAUGAGCAAAGUGAAGAUCAUUCAGUUUGCCACAGAAGCAGCCAUUACCAUUGUGAGGAUUGAUGACAUGAUCAAGCUUGACAAGGAAGAGUCUGGCCAAGAAGUGUAGCCACAUGCCAUUUUACGAUCCCUGGCUGCUGUUUGUUAUGCCAUGGCUGGCUGCUUAUAGACUCAUAGGUUGCUGCUUGUGAUUUUCCUUUUCUUCCUCCUUGUAUUGGCGGACGUUCUGGUAGAAUGUUGUACGGAAGAUGGAUGUAUGAGUGAUUGAGUGUGUAUCAUUAUGUGUGGGUAGUAGGACUCGGGAGCAAAUUUUGCCUGGCAUUGCUGAUAGUUCAUGCAAGUAACAUUGUUGUCAUAUAUGUAUUGAUCAACUGUUACCACUGCUUCACAGGAAGCUGCUGCAUCAUGUUCGGCCCAAUUAAUACGCAGUUGCUUUGGUUUAA